UGCUUCGUCAAGGGCGCCGCAGCCUCGCCAUGCCUCACCAACGCCACCUGUCUUUGUACAGAUCCGAUCUUCUUUGCGUCCAUGGAACCCUGCGUACGGUCGAGCUGCAUUAUCGAAGAUGCCCUUCUCGUCAAGAACGCUUCCAAGGCCCGCUGUGGAAUCGAGCCUCACGAUUCCGGGGCUAUGUACACCGAAAUAUCCACGAUCAUGACGUCCAUCGCCAUAUUCUUGGUCCUCGUCCGUAUCAGUUAUAGACAAUGGGUCAUCCGACUGGGCCUCGGUCCUGAUGACUGGACAAUUAUUGCCGUCGCGGCAAGCUGUAUACCGUGUACGGUUAUAAACUCCAGGCUCGCCAUAUUCGGUAUUGGUAGAGAUAUCUGGACUCUAACGCCGAACGAUAUAACGCAGUUCGGUCUGCACUUUUGGAUUAUAACGUUACUCUACUUCGCCGACAUGGCGCUCUUAAAGCUGUCGAUUCUGUUCUUCUUCCUCCGCAUCUUUCCAGAGUUACAAUUUAGGCGGAAAAUGUGGGUCACAAUUGUCGUCGUUAUACUGUAUGGUGUCGCUUUUGUCCUCACAGCGCUAUUUCAGUGCUGGCCCAUCAGUUAUAACUGGACGCGGUGGAACGACACAGCCAACCAAGGGCACUGUGUCAACAACGCAGCGAUUGCGUGGGCAAACGCAGCCGUCGGAAUCGCCCUGGACAUUUGGAUGCUCUAUCUGCCCAUGUCGCAGAUCUCGUCGCUCAAUGCCAGUCUGAAGAAGAAGAUCGCCAUUGGUGCCAUGUUUGUCGUCGGCACCUUUGUCACGGUCGUGUCCAUUGUUAGACUGGCUUCGCUGCUCCAAUUCCGCAGUAGCGACAAUGUGACCUACGAUUACACUGGUGUCUCGCUCUGGUCGACCGUCGAGAUUAGCACAGGCGUGAUCUGUGCAUGCAUGCCGUCGAUGCGCCUCAUCCUCAUCCACUUCUUCCCCAAUAUCUUCGGGACGACGGCGCAGAACAGCGCGGGAACGCCGCAAAACAACCGA